CCACCUACAGUUGAUUCUCUUAUCUUCCUCCUCGCGUUCGCGUCUUCUCUUCUCUUCGCUCCGCUCGCUCAUCGGCAAUGGAGGCCACGGCGCUCACGCUCUCCUCCCGCCCCGCCGCCGCCAGCCGCUCGCCGGCGAAGGGAACCUUCGCCUCCCUCCACCCCCGCCGCCGCUUCUCCGCGCACGCUGUCCACCUCCGCGCGGCCCAGAGCGCCUCCCUGCGCGCCCCCUCCCCGGGGGCGAGGAGGAGACGGAGGAGGGGGAGCGGGCUGGUGGUGCGGGCGGAGAUGUUCGGGCAGCUCACCACCGGCCUGGAGUCCGCCUGGAACAAGCUGCGUGGCGUCGAUGUACUAACAAAGGAGAAUAUCGUUGAGCCAAUGCGGGAUAUAAGAAGAGCACUUCUGGAAGCUGAUGUUAGUUUGCCUGUAGUGAGAAGAUUUGUUUCGUCUAUAAGUGAAAAGGCUCUGGGUUCUGAUCUUAUAAGAGGAGUCCGACCGGAACAGCAAUUGGUGAAGAUUGUGCAUGAUGAACUUGUAAAACUGAUGGGUGGAGAAGUAUCAGAUCUGGUAUUUGCAAAAAGUGGCCCCACAGUAAUCUUACUGGCAGGCCUGCAAGGUGUUGGGAAGACUACUGUUUGCGCAAAGCUUGCAUUUUACCUGAAGAAAUUGGGAAAGAGUUGUAUGCUGGUCGCUGCAGAUGUUUACAGGCCUGCAGCCAUUGAUCAACUCACUAUACUUGGUGAACAGGUCGGUGUACCAGUUUACUCAGAAGGAACAGAAGCCAAACCUGCACAAAUAACCAAGAAUGCCGUGGAAGAGGCCAAAAGAAAGAAUAUUGAUGCCAUUGUAAUGGAUACUGCUGGAAGACUGCAGAUUGACAAAUCAAUGAUGGUUGAAUUGAAAGAAGUGAAGAAGGCAGUUAAUCCUACGGAAGUUCUGCUUGUUGUUGAUGCUAUGACUGGACAGGAAGCUGCAGCAUUGGUCACCACCUUCAAUAUUGAGAUUGGUAUCACUGGUGCUAUAUUGACUAAACUGGAUGGUGAUUCGAGGGGUGGAGCAGCACUAAGUGUUAAAGAGGUGUCUGGAAAGCCCAUCAAGUUUGUAGGGCGUGGAGAACGAAUGGAGGACCUUGAGCUUUUUUAUCCUGACCGUAUGGCACAACGUGUUUUGGGAAUGGGCGAUGUACUUUCAUUUGUUGAAAAAGCACAAGAAGUCAUGCGUCAAGAAGAUGCUGUAGAAUUACAGAAGAAGAUCAUGAGUGCAAAAUUCGACUUCAAUGACUUCCUAAAGCAAUCACAGAAUGUUGCAAAAAUGGGUUCCAUGAGCCGUGUAGUUGGAAUGAUUCCAGGCAUGAACAAGGUUACUCCUGCACAAAUUCGAGAAGCCGAGAAAAGACUUGCAUUUGUGGAGUCUAUGAUCAAUGCAAUGACUGCCGAGGAAAGGGAAAAGCCAGAAUUACUGGCUGAAUCACGUGACAGGAGGAUAAGAGUGGCUGAAGAGUCCGGAAAGAGUGAACAAGAGGUGAGCCAGUUGGUUGCCCAGCUUUUCCAAAUGCGUGCUCAGAUGCAGAAGCUGAUGGGUGUGAUGACCGGACAAGAAGCACUUCCAGGCAUGGGGAAUCUCAUGGAAUCUCUUAACGCCGAUGAGAAGGCACCUCCUGGCACUGCACGGCGGAAGAGGAGGCACAGCAAGACGAGGCAGAGGGAGCUGGAUGCAGUCCCUAGUUCUUGAGCUGGUGAGCGUUGUAGUUCAGAGUUACUGCUCUUUUGCUUCAGAGACCCGGAUCUGAGAAAAAAGAGAUGAAAAAAAAAUGUUGUCUUGCUACCUUUUUUAGUUUGUACGUAGGAGAUCUGCAGGAAGUUCAUAGGAAACAGUAAUUUCCUACCAAAUUGUAAUGUUACUUAGCCAGUCCUACUCAGCAAUGCAAUCGGUUCACUCGAAUGCUCGGACUUUUUACAUUACAUUAAUCAUGAAUGUAUAUGUUGUAGAAGGAUCAGGUUCAUUUCAAAA